CUAUAUUUCUCCGUACCAUUAUGAGACAAAAUCCCUUCUCAACUCUUAAUAAAGCGAAAAAUCUACCUGCCGGCGGGGGAUCAGAGGGCGAGAGAACUUGGAGAUGCUCAUCGGAGAGGAGGAGAGAAAGAGGAAGAUGAAGCUUCGGUACGCCAUGAUUUGUUCCUCAAACCAGAACCGGAGCAUGGAAGCUCACUCGCUGCUCAAGCGCGAGGGCUUCGACGUUUGUUCCUACGGCACCGGCGCUCAUGUGAAGCUUCCCGGCCCCUCCCUCCGCGAACCCAACGUUUACGAGUUCGGCACCCCUUACAAGCAAAUGUACGACGAACUCCGCCGCAGGGACCCCGAUCUGUACAAGCGUAACGGGAUUCUGCCCAUGUUGAAGCGCAAUUACAGCGUGAAGACUGCGCCUCAGCGCUGGCAGGAUAACGCUGCCGAUGGCUACUUCGAUGUUGCCUUCACAUUUGAAGAGAAAGUGUUUGAUACGGUGAUUGAAGAUUUGAACAAUCGGAAACAUUCAUUAAUGAAAAGUGUACUCGUAAUCAACUUGGAGGUCAAAGAUAACCAUGAAGAGGCUGCCAUUGGAGCCAAGCUUGCUGUUGAUUUAUGCCAAGAGCUGGAAGCUGCGGACUUCUGGGAAGAUUCAAUUGAUGAUAUUGUGGCUGCAUUUGAGCAGCAGCAUAAUAGGAAGCUUCUUUAUAGCAUCUGCUUCUACUAGAUUCUUUCAAUGCAAAUACAGUUUCGUUGAUGCCUAAUGCCCUUCAUGUUAGACAAUUUUCUUCAGCUGCUCUGUACUUCAAAUAGUCUUAUAGCUGUAUUUUUCCUUAUGGAAAAAAAAAAAAUUAACCAA